AUGUCACUCGACUUGAACUAUAAAAGCAUGGCGGUAGACUUCAAAGCUACGGCAAAAGCAUACAUUGAAGUAUCACUGGAUAAAACCUGGAUACAGCAACUAGUGGAAGCGAGCACUCUGGGAAAGGAACCAUACUAUCAAAUUGUCACUGGAAUGAUGCUUCAGGUGGCGAGAGGCAACCUAAAAUUCCACGAUGUGAGAAAACUCCAGUUCCACAAACGCGCCCUGUACACCCAGACACUGCUAGUGCCAGGCAAAACGGGUGAAAUCGAGAACAUGAAUGUGGCCCUGAACUGUGAGGGCUGGAGGCACUGGUAA